AGACUGCUGAGGACAGAAGAGGGGGAGAGAGAGUGCACAAGAAGGGAAUUCUUUCGUGGUCUGGAAUGCAUGAGCUGAGCAAGGAAUUUUUGUGGUCACACAGCCUUGUGCAAGUUGUGUGAGCCUCAGUUACAGCUGUCAGCUCACCAGCAGCUGGAUGGCUUCCUCAGAGAAGCCCCCUGUGGCCUUUCAACACCCUGGGCUCUGCCACCCCACCAUAUAUCUCCUGAGGAAGAUGCGCUCAGAUGUCUGCAGCCUCUUGGAGUCCUACGUGGAGAAGCAAGGACUGGAUGCAAACUUCAACUUGGACUCAAUCGAUGGUGUGCCCGUAGCUGAUGCCGAGUCCUGGGGUGAGCUUUCCGAUGCUGAGAGGCUGGGAGACAACCUGAAGACCUACUGGGCCUUUCAGGUUUUACUGGAUGAAAUUCUGGAAGAGCAGAGGUCUAAUCUGACACCGACAGAUGUCGCUUUCCACGAAUCUAUCCAGUCAGUCAUACUCCAGGUCUCUGCUCUAGCUUACCAACUGGAGGAACUCAUGGUGGUGUUGAAACACAAAGUGCCUGCCAAAGAGUUGGAAAGCACAAAAGGCAGCAACGGAAAGGGCUUGUUUGAGAAAAAAGUGAGAGGCAUGAAGGUGUUGCAGGAACUUGCUCAGUGGACUGUCCGAUCUAUCCGGGAUUUACACCAAGUCUCCAAGUCUCUUCAGACAGACAACAUCCCAUGUGAGAGUCGUCAGCUGACUCAGGAAAAAUGAGAAGAUACAUUUUCAAAGAUUACACAUCACCCUCAACUGUUGUGUAUGAGAUUGAUACAGUGUGAUAUCAGAGGAAGCCUUCUCAGAGAGCUGGAGUGCACAAUGUUUCCAGAUGUUUGUAUUUAUUGGUUUUUCAGAAACCCUUAACAUUUAAUACAAGCUUAAGGAGAAUUUACCUAAUCAUAUUUGUUUAAAUGUGGUGACUUCACUGAUCACAUGGUAUUUGUUCAUGAUUCACAUUCCCACCUGCCCAAGCCUCCAUUUUGUCCCAAGAAGCCAUGAUGGAUCACAGCACAGCCUAGCAACCACCUUGUCUAUGUGUAAGCUGCAGAUGUCUAGAAAUGUUAUGACCAACAAGAUAUUUCAGUUUAUCCUUUGGACUAAUCUAAACUCAACAUCCUUCUUGCUGAACUGUGGUUUCUUGGUUUGUUUGGGUUUAUUUUUCAUACUUUCAUCAAAAUAUUCUAGUAAUUUAAAAAACUACAUGCUUCUAGUUGUAACAAGUGGAAGAAAAGUUUGAGGUACAUAUAUGAAGACGUUUGUCAUUAGUCCUGUGUGGGUGUUCAUGGAAAUAUGUCUGGGCUGCAAAUUAGCAGAGGGUGGAGGACAGAGGCACAGAGCCCCAUCCCCAGUGGACCACAUAUGUGAGAAACGACUCAAGUCAUUUGGAUAUCCAGUAAUGGACUGGCUCUGACACUGUGGUACAUGAUGUAUAGCCAAAAUCUCCUCAGACUCAGGAACUCUAUGCUCAUCACAGGCA